UAAUCAUUUCUUUCAAUUUCGAACUCUAUUCAAAAGAUUUUUUCACAAUUUUAAAUUAUUCCUUAUGGCUCAGUGAUUCAUGCUAUUGUGUAAUCUUCAUUUUAUCGUCGGUUUAGUGUAUAUAUAUAAACGUUUUAUAUUCAUAAGAAUUACUCUAAAUUUUCAUGUUAUAUUUCUUUCAUAAUUACACUUCUAUAGAGGUGUAGUACCAUUUAAUUAUUACUAAAUAAUUGUGUUUCAUUCUAGUUAGAUUUUAUUAUUAUUUGCAACUAAAUAUGAUGAACGGAAGUGUUGGUUUUCAACAACAACCAUUUAUCAAUACUCUGCCAACAACUAAUUCUAACAACUAUCAAACAGCAUCUACCAUAGAUCCAGCCAUAUCAAAUGGUACAGAAGGUGAACCAGAAGCUAAAAUACCCAGACAUGAAGUCAAUGGCAAUGCAUCAUUCACUACAGCUCCAUAUGAUUUCAAUCAAGUUGGGACAUUAAUAUCAGGUCCUGGUUCUAGACUUGGUAUUUUAGGUGCUCUUGCUGCUCCUUUAAUCAAAUUAAGCACUGAACAAAAUGAAGCUGUGGCCAAAGCAAAAAAGUAUGCCAUGGAACAAAGUAUUAAAAUGGUGUUAAUGAAACAAACUUUAGCUCACCAACAACAACAAGCUAAGUCUUUUCAUCGUCACCAGGCUUUGAUUCUAAUGUGCAGAGUUUAUGUUGGAAGUAUUAGUUUUGAACUUAAAGAAGACUCAAUUAAACAAGCAUUCUCACCGUUUGGUUGUAUUAAAUCCAUUAACAUGUCUUGGGAUCCUAUCACCCAAAAGCAUAAAGGUUUUGCAUUUGUAGAAUAUGAAAUACCAGAAGCUGCUCAACUUGCACUUGAACAAAUGAAUGGAGUAAUGCUUGGUGGUCGUAAUAUUAAAGUUGUUGGACGUCCUAGUAACAUGCCUCAAGCUCAAUCUGUAAUUGAUGAGAUCCAGGAAGAAGCUAAACAAUAUAAUCGUAUUUAUGUAGCAUCUAUUCAUCCAGAUUUAACUGAAGAUGAUAUUAAAAGUGUAUUUGAAGCAUUUGGUCCCAUUCGCACCUGUAAACUUGCACAAGGCAGUACUCCUAAUAGACAUCGAGGUUAUGGUUUCAUCGAAUAUGAAGGUCGUCAAGCAGCAAUUGAAGCAAUAUCUUCAAUGAAUCUCUUUGAUCUUGGUGGCCAGUAUUUGAGAGUUGGACGUGCUAUUACUCCUCCAAAUGCUCUUCAUGGACCUGCAGCUUCCAGUCAUAUGCCUACUGCUGCUGCUGUUGCUGCAGCUGCAGCUACAGCAAAAAUUCAAGCAAUGGACGCAGUUGCUACUAAUGCAGUAUUAGGAUUAAGUAAAUUAAGUUCUCAAUUAGGUGGUCAAACAUCUGUUUUACCUGGUUUACAACAAUUACCCACCACAUUGGGUAUCACUCCUUCUGUUCCAGCUUCUACUAUACCACCACCAGGAAUUGCAAUACCACAACAGAUAAGAACACCAGUACCAAUAUUGCCUGUAACUACGGGAUUGAGUCCAGUUAUUCAACAAUCUAUACCUCCACCAACACUUAUCAAUCCCACGCAAUUAGCAGCACCUGUUGUUCCUACAGUAACUGUAGAUGCACAAAAAAGAGCAGAUCAACAAAAAAAACAAGAAGAAUUACAGAAAAAAUUAUUAGAGGAGACUGAACCUCAAACAUUACAACAGCAAGAAAAUAUGUCUAUUAAAGGACAAAGUGCUAGACAUCUUGUUAUGCAAAAGUUAAUGCGAAAAACUGAGAGUCGGGUUGUUAUACUAAGAAAUAUGGUUGGCGUUGAAGAUGUUGAUGAUAGUUUACAAGAAGAAAUUCAAGAUGAGUGUAGCAAAUUUGGUGUUGUAGAACGUGUUAUUAUUUAUAAAGAAAAACAAUCUGAUAGUGUAGAUGAUGACUCUGACACAAUUGUAAAAAUAUUUGUUGAGUUUACUCAAAUGUCAGAAGCUGAACGUGCACGAGAUUCUUUAAAUGGUCGAUUUUUUGGUGGUCGUUUAGUCAAGUCUGAACUUUAUGACCAAGCUUUAUUUGAUCAUAGUGACUUUUCUGGUUGAUUUUAGUUCUAAUAUUACAUGCCCAUUAUUAUAAUUAUUAUUAUUAUACUUGUAUAUUAUUUUAUUUUACUAUUUAGUUAUUCUAAUAUUUCUCAGAAUAUACUUUAUAACUAAUUGUGUACGACAUUCUGUAAAUAAAAUAUUUUUUUCUCCUUUA